GCGACACAUUAUUUUUUUCCACAUCAUCAAAACAAGGCGAUUACUUGUUACUGAUUUGAUAAAACUACGAUGAAAUAGUUAAUUUAAUCUAAGGAGGGUAAGCUUAGAUAAGAAGCAUCUUGAGAAUUUCGAAAUGGAUUUUUCUAAGUUUUUGGAUGCCAAUUUUGAUGCCGUUGAGUGGGUGAAUGCAGCAUUUAGAGCGCAGAAAGAUGCCCCAGAUCAGAAAGAUGCGCAUGCAGCAACUCUUGUUAUGAAACUUCAACUUUUCAUUCAGGAGGUUAAUCAUUCCUUAGAGGAGACGAGUCAGCAAGCUGUUCAGAAUAUUCCUCGUGUCUUAAGGGAGGUAGAGUCCGUAAAACAGGAGGCUACAUUUCUCAAGGAACAAAUGCAGCUGGUUAAGGAAGAUAUCAAGAAGGUUGAAGAAGAUACAUCUCAGUCAAUGAAGAUGCUUCUAGAUCUUGAUGCGAUUAAAUCUCGGAUGAAGGCAGCAUCUGAUGCUCUGCAGGAAGCCGAUAAUUGGACGACACUCAUGGCGGAUGUUGAUGAAGUCUUCCAGAGUAAAAACACCCAAGCAAUUGCGGACAAGUUGAUGGCGAUGCAGCACAGUCUUAGCAUGUUGGCUCACUGCGGAGACUAUGAGGAGAGAUGUCAACAUCUCGAGACGCUCAAGAAUCGUCUUGAGGCCAUGUUGAGUCCACAACUUGUGAGCGCCUUUAAUACUCAUUCUCUUGAAUCUGCUCAGACAUAUGUGAAAAUCUUCUUGGACAUCGACAGGCUUCCACAGUUGUACAAUUAUUAUUACAAAUGUCAUAAGAGUUCGUUGUUACAACAAUGGCAGACACUACAGGGUGAUAAUCUGGAUAAACCUCUAGCGGAAUGGCUACCAACGUUCUAUGAUACGUUACUAUCAACAUGGCAUAAAGAGAUUCAGUGGUGUGAACAGGUAUUCCCUGAGGCAGUCCGAGUUGUGAGUGAAUUAUUGACGCAGACGUUGUCUGGUUUACAGCCUUCGCUACCAGCUUGUAUGGAUACUGCACUUCAAGAUAAUACUCUACCAAACUUAAUGGAACUUAGACAGAUCGUGAUGAGAUUCAUCAAAAAUCUUGAAAGCGCUAUUCUGGAGACAGCAGGUUCCAUCUCAGGCUCACAUUUCUAUGACUUGGUGAAUGCCAUCCAUGCCCCCUAUGUUCCUUAUCUUUUGCAAUAUGGUCGUCUUGAAAGAGAAUUCAUGCUGCAGGAAGUCAGCUGUACUCAAAUGGAGAAGAGAGAUCUUAUAGACUGUGCGCAAUUGCUGUCAAACUCAACAAGUAAAGUCUUCAAAAUCGCCCACGAGGCUGUUGAUCGAUGUAUUGGUCUAACCGAUGGAUGUGGUUGUGUUGGUCUUAUAGAAGCCUUAAAGGCAAUGUUUCAAAGCUACUGUCAGAAGUUUCACUCAGCCUUAGGGACUUUACACGCUGCCGGUGGGCUGGAUAGUAUAGCGCCCUCUCAUGCUGAACUGGGAGAGGAUUGGAGCAAGUUCCAGCAUGCUCUCAAGAUUAUACAGACAUGUGGUGAAUUAUUUCUACAGAGUGAAGAGUUUGAGAUGGAGUUAAUUGGAUCCGUUCUGAACACAGCUACGAGUCAUGUUGCAGAAGCCUUCUCACCGACCAAGAUCACUAAUAUCAAUAUCACACCAGUAUCUGAUAAUCCAUUCAAGGAGUAUAAUUACUUGGUGAAGGAGGACCCUGUCCAACAUGCAGUCUUUGUUGAUCUCAUUCUCAAACUUAAACAAGACAAAGUAUCAUUACUGAAAGAGGUCAUGGAUGGGAUGCAAAAGGUCAAUGAGCAUGCUCACAAGUUCACAUUCAGUAUCGUAUUCCACCAGUUAGAAGCACAGCUGUCACAGAUUUCAACCAUGGAGGUUUGGACAACAGAGGGCGGUAUGCUUGCUGCUGACCUCCCAACAUUCAGUCUGUCCCCACAGGAAUACAUUACCAAGAUUGGUCAGUAUCUAAUGACGUUACCACAGCAACUAGAACCGUUUACAUCUCAAGAGAAUCCUAGUCUUGAGAAGGCGUUGGAGACGGGCAAGCUUCCUUAUCCUCCAGAAGCAGGCUCAGCCACGGCGGAACACCUGGCUGAUUAUUGGUUAGGAGCCAUUGCUAGGGGAACCAUGCACACCUAUGUAGAAGCCAUCUUGAAAAUCACUGAGCUGACGCCGAACGCUACUCGACAAUUAGCCACUGAUAUAGAUUAUCUGUGUAAUGUUUUGGAUGCUCUGGGUAUUCAUGCUUCUGAGUCACUGAGGAAUAUUGAGACACUACUGAAAUUACCACUCUCACAGUAUGGAGAGACAAGAGGGACCAUUCCUGACCGAUUUGUGCAUAUUAUCGGAUCCAUAAGAAGUGUACAUGAAACAUAGGCAUGGACUAUUCUAUCAAAGAGUGUUGACUCUUGCAGUUUUAUAACGGUGUGAGGACCCGGUCUUCACUGCGUGGUAAUGACUGGGUUGGUGGCUGGCGCUGUUUGGGACCGAGCCAUAUCAAA